AUGCCAGCCGCUCUGUGCAGCACCAUCCAGCUGAACUGCUCAGAGCCCAACCAGCCCGCCCUGCUCAAGGCUCUGGGUCCGGUCUUCAACCUGAGUGCCAUUCGACCCGUUCUGAACACUUCGACCACCACCAACGUCAGAACGUUCUUCACGCUGUACGGGAUACUCGGAGUGGAUGAAAAGGCUCAACUUUUGAACACGUUCAUUUGGCUAAAUUACUGGUGGGAUAAUGAGUUUGCCACUUGGGACCCAGUCCAGUGUGGUAUCAGCAAGAUCUCUCUUCCCAGGAAAAAAUUCUGGGUUCCAGAUAUUGUAAUCAAUGAAUUCAUGGAUGAAAACACAGCGCCACCUGUCCCCUACGUGUACCUGUACAGCGACGGUCGGGUGCACGACGCCAAACCUGUCAAAAUUGUCAGCUCCUGUAACCUCGACAUCUACACCUUCCCCUUCGACAUACAAAACUGCACCCUGACUUUCAACUCUUACAUCCACUACGCGUUUGACAUUAAGAUUUUCCUUGGGAGAGCUGCGGAUGAAAUCACAAAGAGGUCCAAAAGAGUCAUGACCACCAUGGGGGAAUGGGAGCUGAUGGAAAUCACCGCCAACAAAGUCGUCAGCGAAGAAAUUGACAACGGGAUUUAUACCGACAAGCUCCAGUUUCACAUCAGAGUGAGGCGUCGGGCCACCCUGUACGUGGUGAACCUCCUGAUCCCCAGCUGCUUCCUCAUCACCGUGGACCUCUUCAGCUUCCUGCUGCCUCCACAGAGCGUCGACCGGUCCUCCUUCAAGAUGACCCUCAUCCUGGGCUACACCGUCUUCCUGCUCAUCAUGAACGACCUGCUGCCCGUCACCGGAAACGCCAUCCCCCUCAUAAAUGUGUUCUUCUCACUCUGCCUGGCUCUGAUGGUGACCAGUCUGCUGGAGACCAUCCUCAUCACCAACCUGCUGUGCGGCUCUGCCGACUUCUCUCCCAUCCCUCACUGGGUCAGGGUGCUUGUUCUGCAGACGAUGGGUUCCCUUGUUCUUCUGCCACAGCAGACUAAGAAACCAAAAGAUUCAGACCUGAAGAUCAGCACUGUGGCGGCAAAGGGUGACGCUGACGAGAAGCCUCCAGGAGUGGAGAACAAGGCCGUGCAGCAGCUGAGGAGCCUGAGCAAAGACCUCCAGGCCAUCCGCCAACAGGUGGAGCAGCAGCUGAAGGGCAGCCAGAGCUCAGAGGAGUGGAUCCAGGUGGGUUUCAUCAUAGACCGCCUGCUGUUUGGCCUCUACAUCAUCUUCAUAUCAGUCAGCUUCAUUACCAUCAUCAUUAUCUGGGUGAACUCAUACGGUCGCUAGACAACUGCUUCCUCUCCUAAAGGGCUCCAUCGAUUUAGCCAGCGACUCAAAUGUUUGUUGAAUUCUGACUAAUAAGAUGUAAUUGUUGUUAGCUGAUUUGAAAACCCACUUUCCUGGAGCCGACACAUUUAUGCAAUACAUAUAUACGACACAGUUAUUGUACCGCUGUUUAGAACAAUGAAAUGCUUUAAAAUGCACCAUUAAUUAGAUGUAGUUUUAAGCUUUUUGUGUCAUGCUGUGCAAUUUUAAAAUGGAGGAGGCCGCUGUGUGCAAAAUAAAAUUACUUGGAAAAUUUCA